AUGAAAGUAGGUCGUAAGGCUGACAGGAAAAGCGACGAUGGUGGCGCGUGGGAACGCUGCUUCCAAAAAGCCACCACCCAAGCACUAAAGCAGCAGCAGCAAUUUCGCGAUUUGAACGAGGCAAAAAGCGGGCGCACGGGGAGAAAACACGCCAGCGGGCAGCGACUUGUUUUCUGCUGCUCCUUUCCUAUUCUUCCCCAAGCCGUUUAUGUUUGCGGUUUAAGGCUGAACCUUGAACCCCGCUGUGUCCCCACCCAUCUCGCCGUCGGCGUUCGCAAGGACUACACGCAAAAGGACUCGAGCUAUCGGUCCUUCAAUACAUACAAACAGCCCAGGUUAAAAACAGCAAAGCCUGGGCGAGGCCCGAACGUUUGUUAUCAACUUGUUAGCAAAGCAGAGCGCACCGCUUGGAGCUAA